UCGGAAAACUGGAAGCAUAAUGUUACUGGGGUAAAGAUCAUCUCAGCAUGGUAUGGUGCAAGUGCGGCUGGGCGUUGGCGUGGGUGUCCUUAUCGGCGGUGGCAUGGGUCGCCUCGCCCCAGGAGACGGCUGUGGAAAGGCCUGCGGUAUCCUGGACCGGCACCAGGCACCAAGGACGCCGCCAAGAUUCCCCAGUCCGGCCGGCCUCUUCCACCAGGAGGUCCUGGUGGGGGGAAACUGCUCCUUCCGACCGAACGCUGGCAGAGCGGACGUCCUGGGACAGAGUGUCCGCCCGUGAGUAUAGUGGGCACGUUGCGCCAGUGCCAAGGAGGCGGGAGGAAGAUAACGCGCGGCAUCACGCACGACAGAGUGCGCGCCAAACCGCCUAUCGUCAGCAGGAAACGUCGAGCGACGUGCACCAACGCGCACGAGACUCCCAUGGGUCGCAGGCGGCACAAGCCAGGUCGCCGCACACACCAGCUGCCUCAGAGGAGAGCACAGCACGGUCCUCUGGCUCGCAGAACCGCCAUGGCAUAAGUGGGUAUCAGUACAGCGCCUCCGGACGUCCCAGAGAAAACCAGAGCGUGCAUCCGCGCACGCACUCCAGCUCUCGGUGGCAGCCGUACCAGAAGGCUUCGCAAACGCCAUUUGGAAACGAGAACUCGUGGCGCAGGAUCCACACGGCCCACCGUCCGCCGCGCCUUCCGCGAAGGGACAAGAGGCCGAACAUCGCUAUUCUCACCGACGACCAGGACGUCGAACUCGGUUCCCUCAACUACAUGCCUCAACUUAUGAACCUCAUGAAGGACGGAGGCGCCUACUUCCCGCAGGCCUACACCACCACGCCCAUGUGUUGUCCGUCUCGUUCGUCCAUCCUCACCGGAAUGUACAUCCAUAACCACGAGGUGUACACCAAUAACGAGAACUGCUCCUCGACCAUGUGGCAGCAGACGCACGAACGUCGCUCCUUCGCCACCUACCUCAACGACGCCGGAUACAGGACGGGUUACUUUGGGAAGUACCUGAACAAGUACAACGGGUCGCACGUGCCGGUCGGGUGGCGCGAGUGGGCGGGGCUGCUCAUGAACUCCCGCUACUACAACUACACCGUCAACAGGAAUAACCACUGGGUCAAGUACGGCGACCAGUACCCAAGGGACUACUACCCGCACGUGAUCACCAACGACGGGCUGCACUUCCUGAAGACGAGCAAGCGCAACGGCCCCGCCGUGGGGAGCCCCUGCGCCCACCCGUCACAGCAUCGCGUGCUUCAAGCUACCCCUGGUCCGACCUGCAACGCCUACCGGCAAGCCAGUGAAUUCACGCAAGCAGCAAGGCUUAGUAUCCGAGGGGUCUGCGGUUCGCGCCCCGCCCAGGCGCGAGAAGUUGCAAUUGUCGCCUUGGAGGUUACUGCUAUGGCUGGGCACACGUGGGAGUUGGAAAAUGGCUCGGCGUUCAUCUCGUGGCCGGGAAACCAGGGGGCCUACCGCGGAAAGCGACGGCGCCCUCAGAUGCCAAGUCGCACCGUCUUGAGAGAUGAGCAAAAGCAGUGUGGAAUGUCGUUGGCGGCGCAGCACAAUGGACACCUUCCGACAAAUUUAAAGGCAGCCGAUAUUGAGGAUGGAGUUACACUGCUUGUCAGGGGGUCUGAGGGCCAUGCUGCAAAGCCUUGCUCAUGUCCUGCUGAUCAUCCAGAGGUGGAGGAUGGACAGGGUGCAUCUGCAUGCAAGGGAUCUCAGGGCUUUGAUCGCGGACAGUCACAAGGAUUGCUGCAAGUGGCAGCCGUGUCGCCCUUGCCGGAAGGCACGGCGCUUCGGGGAACCAUUCUGAGAAACCAGUUAGUGAAGGAAGGUUCUGAAACAACUAUCCCCAGAAAUCCCUUAUCCAAAGUUCGUCAUUUGCAAAACCGGUAUCGCUCCUUCUCGGGUAUCCAGACGAAACCUUCUGGAACACAAUUCAAAUUCCGCAGAACUUCUGCCAUGCCUUUUGGCUCGGCAUUUAAAGUAAUAGAGGGAUGGAGUAACGAAGACGGAGGUCCCGGCGAGGUGUUGGACGCGGGCCAUCCAUUGAUUUAUGGCACGUUACCCGAGCCAUUACCUGGCGCUGGAGAGACGUCAUGGCUCCGGCCGCCGCGAUUCCCUCAUUCCCGCGAGGCCUGGCGCGCCCUGGGAACGAAUAUCUGUGGGAAAGCCACGGCUAAUGCUUCUUUGGAAGGGCUUGUAUGUAGCGCCUUUGUUGGAGUUCAUGCAGAGGAUGCCCCCGACGUCUGGAUAAAGAAGGAUCGCCUCUGUGCUGCGGCGGUGGACAGAACUGUCUUUCCGGGAGCCGUUGCUGCGACCGCUGGCAUUAUCCUCCGUCCGUCUCGGAACAGUUUCAUUUCCUCGCUUCCUUUCUCGCGCGGCCUCACUCGGACUCCCUUCGAUGCUCUAAGAUUAAGCCUCUUGGUGCGGCAGAAGCUCUUAGGCCUGGCGCUCCCGUUCCUCGACGUGGAUCUUCUCACCAUUGUAGAGCCUUCGUUGCUGGUAGAAACUCUCAUCACUGCAUUUACGUUUUUGUAUCUGACACCCACGUUCUUGGACUUGUAUAUCUUCAUGCAGGCUCAAACAAAUAUCUUGACUUUCACCAAAAACACUUUUUUAUUGGUUGCAGGUUUCCGAGGGCCGCAGUUUGCCCUCCACACCGUGGCGUACAACUACGCUCCGAACCCGGACAAGCAGUGGAUCCUGCAAUACACGUCGAGGAUGCACGACAUCCAGCUCAAGUUCACAGACCUUCUCAUGACCAAGCGCCUGCAGACGCUGCAGACCGUCGACGAGGCCGUGCAUAGGUCCGCGCCCUUGGACUCUCUCGGGGAAUUAGACAACACCUACGUCUUCUACACCAGCGACCACGGUUACCACUUGGGCCAGUUUGGCCUCGUCAAGGGCAAGUCGAUGCCCUUCGAGUUUGACAUCAAAGUGCCCUUCUUGGUGCGCGGCCCCGGCAUCAAGGCCGGAGUUCAGAUAAACAAAAUUGCUCUGAACGUUGAUCUGGCGCCAACGUUUCUGGACAUUGCCGGCAUCAAGCCUCCGCCGCACAUGGACGGGCGCUCGCUGCUGCCGCUGCUGAAGAGCGACCAGCCGGACUACGUCACCUGGAGGGACAGCUUCUUGGUGGAGAGCUCUGGUCGCCACCGGGAGGAGGAUGCUUUGGAACUGAGGCAGAUUCGGCGGAUGCAGAGGGCGAAGGGUCUGGCGGCCUCGGCUGGCACUGAAGGGGGCCUCUAUACAUCCAAGCAUGAGAAGCUGGAGAUCGUGUGCGAGAGUGACGAAUACCGAGCCCCUUGCGGACCUCUACAAAAAUGGGAAUGUGUUCGUGAGGGAUACAGGUGGAGACUGCAAAAGUGCCGCAACAGAAACAAGUGGCGGAAACGCAACUGCGUCUGCGAACCAGACUUGGGAAUGGGAUACCUGGUCAAGCUGGACUCGGAGGAACGCCGAAAACAGAGGCUCUUCCUCAAGAAACAUGUAACUCAAGACCUGAAGAAAUACGAGCCAAAGUUCAUCAAAGCAUUCAGCGACGUUGAUAGCAGUGAAGUUGCCGAGCAGAGUCUUGGUAGACGAAUACAGCGGAACUCCCGCUGGUCUGCUCUGCGGAAUCGCAGGCGCAGAUUCAGAAGGGACACUGACGAACAGACGGUAGAGGAGGGUACAGACUAUGGCGAUGGAGAUCCUACCAAGGACAAUGAAAAUUAUGAAGUUGAUGUGUUUGUCAGUGAAGAAGAAAUGAGAGCGAUCGAUGAUCAGAUUCACCAUCUCUCAGAUGAACUUGAAUCGUUAGAAAGUGUGAGCAGUACAACAUCCACAUCAGUUGCUGUUGGAAAUGAGUCUCUCUCUGCAAUACCAUUGUCAGGAGAGAAGACUGUGAAGCUUCGCCAUGGAUGCAGAGCAACUGGAACCUCAGUGGACUGCACUGAUGAAGUCUACCGAGAUCCACAUGCUUGGAAGAUGAGCAAGGAAGCCAUUGAUGAUAAGAUUCGAAGAUUAAGGCAUCAGCUGUUUAUGAUGAAGGGUAUAAGGAAACAUUUGCGAGAGAGCCGCCCAGACUCAGUUCUAAUUCCGGAGGAUUAUGAAUAUGAUGAGGAAGAGGGCACUGUUGGAGAGUACGAUGUGUUAGAUGUGAACAGCAUUCUAGGCUUAGAUGGUGAACUAGACGUACCUGAUGAUAUCCUUCCUGAAAAUGAAGAUACUGAAGAAGAGGAUAACAUUAUAGAGAAUGAAACACACACGCACAGCUAUAUGGAAGACACUGUGGAAGAGACCACUAUGAUGGUUGGAGAAGAGGAUGCUAAUACAGAGGAGGAAGAUAGUGAUGAUUACCAGUAUGUUACAACAGAGAGCAGUAAUUUUGAGGAUGAAGAAGUUCAUCUAGAAGUUGUUGGUGAAAAUAAGACUGCUCCUGUUGCAGGCACAGAAAGCACACUAGCGGACGAAUAUGAUGAAAUUAUUAUAGGAGUUGACUAUAAUGACUAUCCGUACCAGCUGAGAAAUGUGGCAUUUACUUUAUCUAAUACUCGCUUAGCUGAGCUGCAUCAUCGCCUAGAGAAACUUCGCACAUGUUCUGGAGCAGAUAGCUGUGAUGAUUUUCCAAAUUCACGUGCAAUUGAUAACAGCUUUGAAGAUCCCCAAAUACUUGAGCAAAGUGAUGACCAUUCUCUUAUGAACAAUGUUAUGGGUCCAGUAAGAAAACUAUCAAAAGCAAAACGCUUACUUCAGCGAAAGGAGAGACGCAGGCAACGAAAAUUACAGAAAAAAUUAAGACGCAAAUAUUCAGGAAACCAGUUAUAUGGACCUAGGAGUAGACAUGUCCUGGAUUCCAUGGGAUCAAGGCAACACAAAGUACGUUUGCCAAGAAAGAGUCGUUUGGGAAAGGAACAAAGACGGCAGAAAAGAAGAGAGCGAAGGAGAAAGAAGAAAUCAAGAAAAGAAAGACUUUUAUCUAGUGGAUAGUGUCUAAGAAUAUUUCUCUAUUAACUUUAUCCAAUAUUAACAUGAUUCAUCACAUAAGCUGAUGGUUUAUUUUAAGUAAAGUAGACUAGUUUAAUAUUUUAUAUUUGUUAUGUAGCUGCAACAUAGACGGUAAGAAAUAAAUGCUACAUAUUAUCACUAAAUAGGAUUAUUACACAUUAGGAAGAAAUAGACAGCACUAGAAUUUUGUCUGUGUCUAUUACAGCUAGAUAAUGAAUUAUCAUGUAUCAAGAAAACAGAAUAUCUGACUCAAGAAAUACUGAACUGAAAAAAUUUAAGUAAAUACAGAAUUUAGGACAUCUCUUGUUGCAAAGAUGUUAACUGAUAUUGAUUCAGAGAAAUUAGAAAAAGUACUUAGGAAUUUUGUGCAUUGAAAAGGCUACCAUGUUUGGCAUCAUACUAUUUGGAGGAAGCCAGGCACAGGAGGUAGCAGUGUAGUAGUAUUCAUUAUACUCGUUAGAUGUGUUCAUGUAUUAUAAGUAUAUAGUCAUAGAGGCUUUUAAGUAUAGGAUUACCAUUAUUUAUAUGUGAAUAUUAUUUUUAUGGACUCAGAAGGCUUUUAAUUAGCUAAAUAAUUUAAACAUUCUUUAUUUUCCAUCAUUCUCAGAACUUGAUAAGACAAUACUUUUACCUUAAGUACUCAUAGUUCACAUUACCCACCUGUGCUUUCAUGCCCCAAGCUAAUCCCUGAGAAGUAAAGGGUUUUAAUGCCUAAAGCUGCUUGUAGGCCAGUAGAAAGUUAUGGUAAGAGAUAUAAAAUCAAAAGUUGUAGAAUAUAUA